CCAAACUUUCGAAUGAAAAGUUAGUUGAUGGUUACUGAUGUUUAGGAAGCACUGUGUGUUGAGAGAAGAUAUGCUGUUUUUCUGCUGUGGACACCUACCGAUUUUUUGUUAGUUAUUAACUUUUCAAAAGCAUUUUCCUUUUUUUCAAAUUUUUGAUUGACUGUGUUUACUAUUUUACGUUUUCGAAGAUACGCAUGUAUUUACAUUAUUUUAGAAUUUACUUUGCGCUAUUUGAAAAUUUUUGCAAACGGAAAAAUUAACUCAAAAUUUUGGAGAACCUAUGUGUUUUUUUAUAGAUCCAUUGCUCUAAAAGCAAUUUAGUGUUUAUGGAACAAUACUUCAAAGUAUCAAAUUAAAAAACGGUACACUGUUUUCGACGUUUUUGAAAGAACCUGACAAACUUUGCACUGUGCAUAUUUUCAGCAGUCUUCAUUUAUCAGAUUGUUGAUGCUGAACAAAGUAUCUGCUCCAUGAAACUCUCACUUUGAACAACAACAUACCUUACAUCACGUUCAGUCCAUGUAGAACAUUAAUGUUUUUCGAAGUUAUGCCUGAAGAAUUUUGUAAAACGCCUUUGGCUAUUAAGCAGCUGUUCGCGGCAUAAAAAGAAAGUGGUUUUAUUGCUUGUUGUAAAGACGUGUGUGUGUAUGUGUAUAUGGUGCGUUACUAUCCUGGAAAGAAAUAUAUCAGAAUUUCCGUGAUUUUAUUAUUCCGAGAUGUCAGCAAAAACAUGGUGUUUUGAGUGACAUCAGAAACAGCUCAAAAAGUGAUGUAUAUGUCUGAAUAGUGAAUGUGAUGGUACUUUUAGAAAACACAGUGGAUAUGGAAUCUCAAGUGAAUAUGGAAGUAAUUUAUGAGAUUAUGUGGGCAGACGAUGAAGAAUUCGAAAAGGCCGUGCAUGGCUUGGAUUUAAGAGGCAUCCUAUGUCUGAUGGAAGCUCUUCAAACAGCUAUGCGUGAGGAGCAGCUUCAUUUUGAGCAGUUGACAAUACAGCUGCAGAAGUAUCCUGAUCGUAACUCUUGUCAACACAGGAAGAUAUCAGCAGCACUUUGCACCGCUCAAAGGCUGUUGACGAACCUGUGCACCAAGCAUAUGAUGUGCUCCGGACAGAGAUCACUGCGAUCCUCCUUUGCUGACGACUCUUCUAGUACCGAAAUUUCCUGUUUCGCAGACGAUAACAAGAUGGCUUCGAGUACUGUAAGAAGUAGCAGUGAUACUACCAGUGGUUUUAGAGAAAGCCUGCGGUUUUUCCAGAGCCAGGUGGACAAAGUUAAUGUUCAUCAUGUUACUACUUCCACUCCUGCUUCCAGAAAAUCCCAACUCUUAAAUGGUCAUAAUAAAACACACGUUUCUACCGAAAUUGGAAUUCAGAGCAAAGCAAACCCACGUACAGCAGUUCCCAGCGUUGAUAAUAUACUAAAUAAUGUGAAAAGCAUAUGUGCCAGCCGCAACAGUAAAACUUUUGAGAGUACAACCUCAAGAAUUUCAUCUGUUCAUAGAAGCAGUAGCAGUAGUGAAAUUUAUAACAAAAUCACUCCCGUAACCUUUCAGACAUCUGACGAUCAGCCGCAGAAACUCUGUGAAGGGGUAACUAGGAGUGAACAAAUUACUACAAAGCAUAAAACUGCGGUAUCGGAUCACAGCAAAAGCCAAUCAUUGCUAAGAAAUUUCAAUCCUGUCUUCGGCACUGAAGAAAAUGUUGAAAAGGAAAGACCUUCAAACCUUCAUGAUUCUACGCAUUCUAAUUCUACACAUUCGAAAACGAAUAUCGGGUCUUCAAAAAUCGAACGCAGCAGCGCUGAGGUAGAUUCCGCUGCCAAUGCUCUUCAACAUUCACUUUCGUUGACGAAACUGAGCAGCCCGUCUUGCUUAAAAACCGUAUCUGAUGCUGAUGCUAUUUCCAAACAGAAAGACUUGGACAAAAGCGUGGAAAAAGUAGCCGAGAUGAACAAAGAUGAAACUGUAAAUAUUCAAACAAAUAGAACAUUCGGUCAAUGCAAAGAAAAAUUGUCAAAAAUGGAACUGAAUAAAACUUUGAAUCUGAAAAACGAUUCAAUAAGUAGUGAUAGUAAACUUGAUUCCGCUCUUGAUGAUGGAAUUAUUGUAAAAGAAUGUGAUGAAGGCUCAUUUGAAAAACAGAGCGACUCCUUUGAGUCUGACUAUGAUUCUCAAGACUUUGUCGUCCACAAAGCUACUUUUCCAGAAGAUUAUUUGGAAGCAAUGUCAGAGGAUAAUUACAGUUCUGUUAAUGAGGACUAUGAGGUUGAACAUCCUGAUGAACAAACUCAUGGUCCUGUUACACCAUCACCAGAUUACGGCAGUGAUGAAGAAGAAUACCAAGUGCAACAUGGAGAUGUUCCUCAGUAUGAGGAUGUAGAAUUCAUUGAUAACAGUGCUCAAUAUCUGAGUGAUCCCCGCCGUUAUGCCUAUUACCCAGAUGAGUUAGAACUUGAAGUAAUUCCCGAGGAAGAUGAAAAUGAUAUCGAAGAUGAUGAUUACGAUAUGUACAGUCAUGAAGUUCCGCACAAGAAAGGUAGUUUCCAAGUUUCCAAUCAAAGCAGUGACGACUCGCGGUGCAAUAAUCAUGGGGAAUGUGACUCUGGAUUAACAGAUGACCAGAGAAGUAGCAGUAGUACUACUGAAGAAUGUGAUUUAGAGGAUGAUACGGACAGUGCAAAAGGUUCUCUACCUUUGCAAGACUCCAGCAGUGAAUCUCCUACUUACAACGAACGAGCGAAUAUGUUUCAGAACGUUGAAUACCACAAAAAACCUCAGAAGAAAAAGCAUUUCAACAAAAAAAUUGUAGAUGACUACAAGAUCUCCACGCAAAAUGGUAAAAGUAUAGAAAUUAUCUCCAAUAUCGACCAAAUUGCGGUAGACGUUGAUCAAAUUGGUGAGGACACGAGACAAACAAGAAGUACAACGGGCACGUGGGAUCCACACGAACUGAUAAAGGUGCUGUAUCGUCUGGACUUCCCAAAUGAGCCAUUUAAAACCCAAACUAGAUAUAUAAAUAAAGAAGGAUACCUCGAAAAAUUACCCUCUGGAAGAAAAAAAGCUACUUAUUGGAAUCCUUGGAAGACGAAGUACAUAAAAUUAAAAGAUGGAUUUUUGUAUUGCUUUGACAAUAUACGAUCCGAAAAGCCAACUACUACAUUGCAGCUGAUGGGAGGCCAUAUUGAUUCUUUAGAGAGUAACAUGCUAGGGAUAGAUGAUCAAAAAGGCCACUAUGUUGUUCUAAAAUGCCCUAAUGAAGAAGAAACAGCAUCAUGGAAAAAUGCUCUUCAUAGUCACUGUGCUGAAGAUUUCGUGAAUGCUUACACUAGUCCUUGUCUUCAUCCUCUGCCAAUAAACCAGGAUGUGAUCAUUAUUGAUUUUGGUAGCUGUUCUGUCCGAGCUGGUAUCCUCAUGUCAUCACCCACAUUGCCUCAGCUGUUCUUCCCUGCAGUAUGUGCAACUUCAAGAACAGGCCAAAAGAAAAUGUUUGGUGCAGAAGCUCUUAAACCAAGUAAUCGCAAAGACUGCCAAUUAUCUUUUCCACUACGUCCUUCAGGAAAAGUUGCAAAGUACAGCAUAGAUGUUUCUAUUUUGCCUGAUUUAUUGAAGCAUGUCUUUCAAGAGCUGAAUGUUUCUCCAGAAAACUUUAAGAUUCAACUUAGCAUACCAAGGAAUUUGAGCUUGCAAACAAAGCUAAAAGUAGCGCGCAUGCUGCUAGAUGAUUUUAAAGUUAAAGGCAUCAACAUAACGCACCAAGCAAUUUUAUCCCUUCAUGCUUACAAUUCAAAAUCGGGAAUAAUUGUUGAUAUCGGAGAUAGACUGGAUGUUAUUCCCAUAAUAGAAGGAUACAUAAUAGAAAGUGGAGUAACAAGACUACCAUAUGGCGGACAAAGAAUGAUACACCAUCUAAAGCAUGUCCUUGCUGAAAAAAAUAUCAGUUUAGUUAGUGAUGUUGAGUCCUAUUUGGCACGUUAUAUACUGGAACAGCUUUGUUAUGUGGCUGAUGAUUAUAAUGAAGAACUACAGAGGUAUCACACAAAUCCAGAAGAUUUUGAGAUGUCUAUCUCCACGAGUCAUUUUUUCAAAGAAGAUUGUCCUUGGGAUGAAAUAGUUCUAGAUAUGGGAAGAUUUCAUGUUCCAGAAGGCUUAUUUACUCCUGAACGAUGGGGAUUAGACAAUCCAGGACUGCACAAAUUAGUUCAUAAUGCUAUCCAGGAGUGUGGAGUAGAUUUGAGAAGAGAAAUGACUCGAAGUAUUUUCAUCAGCGGAGGUUUGACGUUAUUACCUGGUUUUGUAGAGAGGCUUGAAAAAGAAAUUGACAAAUUGACACCAGAUACAAUAAGUCCCAAAGUUCAUGCAUCACCAUAUAGAUAUCACAUGUCUUAUAUAGGCGCCUGCAAAAUAGCAUUAGGAGAAAAGUUUGAUGACAUCUGCAUAACAAAACAAAUGUGGAAGAAAGAAGGAAAUACCUGUGUGAAGAAAUGGCACAUAUGAAAUUAAAAAAAAAAAUACAGAAGUUUAUUCUUGCCAGGGGCAAAUCAGUUUCUAUAACCUUCAAAUAUUUGAGCAUGUCUGAAUCAUUUUUACAACAUAGAAACUGUGUAGGGUUCUUAAAUUAUUACGAAUGUGAGGUAUUUUAGGGACAUACUUUGAUAACUAUAGCCUUUGCAGAUUUGAAUGAAGAAAGGUAUCUGAAUAAUUUUUAUAUUGACCAAUUGAUUCAAAUUAUAAAUAAUUUAAAUACUUUUCCACUGAAAGAAAAGGCCAGGUUUGCUUUUUGUCCUAUAUGUAGUGUAUGUUUACUAGUUUAGAUGAACUGAGGAUGUACAGGUGAACAGAAAUACCAUGAUGUGGCAUCUAAAAGGCUGUAUAAAAAGACUUUCAAUGUACAUAGUUUAUUGAGCAUUUAAUUGCUUCAGUGCCAAGAAAAUAACUAUAUAAAGAAAAUAAUCAGCAUUUUGCAAUAAAAAUUUAAAGGGUAAUAAACAUUUGUAACCUAUUAAAUACGUUUAAAAAUUU